AUGUACGGUAACUAUCUGAAGCUGAAACAUUAUAUAUUCGUGAAACGUGGUGGCCGAGAGAAACGACGAGAACACGUGUGCGAGCACUGUCAGCGCCAUGGUUUGGGGCACGACAUGCACAUUAUCGAAGAGCAAAGAAUUCCCGCUCUUCUAGUGCUAGCCAUUCUUGUUCUCUACACAGCACUUGGUGGAGUUCUUAUGUCGAAAAUAGAACCGUGGACGUUUUUCACUUCAUUCUAUUGGUCAUUCAUUACUAUGACUACU